UCCUACUCCUCUCUCUCAGCUAAAGUGUUGCAGUUGCAUUUGCAGCAGCUAGAAAGCUAGAAAAGUAAAAAAACUAUAUUUUUUUUCUGCUCGUUCAGCUUCUUCUCCUUCUUGAAUCCCAUAAAAGCGAAAUGGCAGUGAAUUUUUAUUUCUGAGUUCUCCUUUUCUGCUGGUUUUAUCCCCUUUAUUUUUUAACUGCCUGUUCCCUUUUUGGGGUUGGGUGAGUAAAUGAGCAAGGCAGAGUGAGUGAGGAACCAGAGAGAGAGAGAGAGAGAGAGAGAGAGAGAGAGAGAGAGAAGGAAGGAAAGGGGAGCUGGGAUUUUUUCUGGGUAUGUAUUUGUUGUUGCUAAGGUGGUGAUUUGAGAGAUAAUGUUGGGGUUUUGAAGCUUAAGCAUGGCAACUUUCUAGGGUUUUAAUCUGUACCAUUUCUUUUUGUUUCUGGGUUUGCAGCUCCCCCUGGAGCGUCUUUUCUGGGGAAUGGUGGGUUGGGGUUUGGAUCUGAGGAGGAGAUUUAGUGGUUGAUGUCUGAAGAGCUCUGGCGGUGGUAGUGAUGGAGAGGGAAGUUUCUGCUGUGGUUCCUGUUUGGUUGAUCUUCUUGUUGCUGCUGCUGCAACCUUCAUGGCUAGUCCUUGGUAAUAUGGAAGGCGAUGCUUUGCACAGCCUGAGGACCAACUUGUUCGAUCCGAACAACGUUCUGCAGAGUUGGGAUCCUACCCUUGUGAACCCCUGCACAUGGUUCCAUGUAACGUGCAACAAUGAUAACAGUGUCAUCAGAGUAGAUCUCGGGAAUGCAGCGUUAUCUGGUCAGCUUGUUCCCCAACUUGGCCAACUUAAGAACUUGCAGUACUUGGAACUAUACAGUAACAACAUAAGUGGUCCAAUUCCAAGUGAUCUUGGGAAUUUGACUAACUUGGUCAGCUUGGAUCUUUACUUGAACAGUUUCAAUGGCCCCAUACCAGCAUCUUUAGGCAAGCUGUCGAAGCUAAGAUUCCUGCGGCUUAACAACAACAGCUUGACUGGUCCAAUUCCCAUGUCUUUGACUAACAUCUCGUCUUUACAAGUGCUGGAUCUCUCAAACAACCGUCUUUCCGGGGUGGUUCCAGAUAAUGGUUCUUUCUCACUAUUCACUCCUAUAAGUUUUGCUAACAACUUGGAUCUCUGUGGGCCAGUUACUGGUCAUCCUUGUCCUGGUUCCCCUCCAUUUUCACCUCCCCCUCCAUUUGUUCCACCUCCACCAAUUUCGGUACCAGGAGGGAAUAGUGCUACUGGAGCAAUAGCUGGCGGGGUUGCUGCCGGUGCGGCUUUGUUGUUUGCUGCCCCUGCAAUAGCAUUCGCGUGGUGGCGUCGAAGGAAACCACAGGAGUUGUUCUUUGAUGUACCUGCGGAAGAGGAUCCUGAAGUUCAUCUGGGGCAGCUGAAGAGGUUUUCAUUGCGAGAAUUACAAGUCGCGUCAGACACCUUCAGCAACAAAAACAUUCUGGGCCGAGGAGGAUUUGGUAAGGUGUACAAAGGUCGCCUCGCAGAUGGCACGUUGGUGGCAGUUAAAAGACUGAAGGAGGAGCGGACUCCUGGAGGAGAGCUGCAGUUUCAAACAGAGGUUGAGAUGAUUAGCAUGGCUGUCCACCGCAAUCUCCUGAGAUUACGAGGCUUUUGCAUGACACCAACUGAGAGAUUACUUGUUUAUCCCUACAUGGCAAAUGGAAGUGUUGCCUCAUGCUUGAGAGAGCGCCCACCAUCACAACCUCCUCUUGACUGGCCAACUCGGAAGCGAAUUGCACUGGGAUCUGCUAGGGGCUUAUCUUAUUUGCAUGAUCAUUGUGAUCCAAAGAUCAUCCAUCGUGAUGUGAAAGCCGCCAAUAUAUUGCUAGAUGAGGAAUUCGAGGCAGUUGUUGGAGACUUUGGGUUGGCUAAAUUGAUGGACUACAAGGACACUCAUGUCACCACUGCUGUCCGUGGUACGAUAGGCCACAUUGCUCCAGAAUACCUCUCCACCGGGAAAUCAUCUGAGAAAACUGAUGUUUUUGGGUAUGGGAUUAUGCUCCUUGAGCUAAUUACUGGACAGAGAGCAUUCGAUCUUGCUCGGCUUGCUAAUGACGACGAUGUCAUGUUGCUCGAUUGGGUAAAAGGACUUCUGAAGGAGAAGAAGCUGGAGAUGCUGGUGGACCCUGAUCUUCAGAACAACUACGUUGAUUCCGAAGUGGAGCAGCUCAUCCAGGUUGCUCUUCUCUGCACACAAGGUUCCCCUAUGGACAGGCCGAAGAUGUCCGACGUGGUGAGAAUGCUCGAAGGAGACGGUCUGGCCGAGAGAUGGGACGAAUGGCAAAAGGUGGAAGUUCUGCGACAAGAGGUGGAGCUAGCCCCUCACCCGAACUCCGAUUGGAUCGUCGAUUCGACGGAGAAUCUACAUGCAGUCGAGCUGUCUGGUCCGAGGUGAUAGAUUGUUGAUUACCACCCCAUUGGCACAUUUACAACUAAAAGAAAAGGGAGGGGAAAAAAUGAAAAAGCUUUUUCUUUUUUUCUUAAUCCUUUCAUUUUUUGAUCAUAUUUUGCUUCCCAUGAUGAAUGAAUGUAACCCUGAUUCCGGCGGGCCAUGCAAAGAUCCGUUUCUUCUGAAUUUGUAUUCAUUUUUUGUGCAUAUGAAUCAGUCGGCUUGUUGAGAGGUGCAUAUCAUUGUUUCGUCCAUCCAUCCACGAGGAGGCCUAUUCUAUCUAACAAAACUUAGGAAUAUUCAUGUAACGAGAGCUUCAAAUUGUGAAAUCAGUGUUGAUUACUGCAGCCUUCAUUACUGUGUAACCCAGAGCUUUUUGGCUCCCAACUUUCCUCGAUCCUCAUCCCAGCAGCAACAUUUGGGUCGCCAUCGUCUAUCAACUUUCAAGCGUUUCUGCGUUCAUAUUUUGAUUUCGGCAUGCAAAUGGAAAAUGGGUAAACGGCGGCGAUACGUGCCCGCCGUUUCUCGAUGGAAGCUGAGGUCCGAGUUCCGACGUCUGCAUCUCCACUUGGUGGGUUUGGUUGGUGGUUUGAAUCUGGGGAAUAUUAGUGCUUGACGUGAGAAGGGCUGCAGCCUGGAGGGAUUUGAUGGGGGAAGUUUUUGGUGUUGUUCCCUUAUGGUUGAUCUUCUUGUUCCUGCAGCCAUUAUUAUGGCUGCUUGCUAUGGGGAACUUGGAAGUCGAUGCUUUGAGCCGCCUAAGGAACAACUUGCAUGAUCCGCGCCAUGUUCUGGACAGUUGGGAAUUGGGAUCCUACCCUUGUGAGCCCCUGCACAUGGAUUCAUGUUGCAUGCAACAAUACUGAUCAAAGUGUCGUCAGACUGGAUCUUGGGAAUGCUGGUUUGUCUGGUCAACUUAUUCCCGAACUUGGGCUGCUUAAGAAUCUGGAAUACUUGGUAUUAUCUGACAAUAACAUUAGUGGUCCAAUUCCAAGUGAACUUGGGAAUUUGGCUAACUUGGUCACCCUGGAUCUUUACUUCAAUGAUCUCAAUGGCCCCAUACCAGAAUCAUUGAGCAAGCUGCCGAAACUGAAAUUCCUGUUAGACUACUUUCUCUAUUGUUCUAUAUAUUCGACAUCCUGUUAAUGCUUCCAUAUCUACUCAUCUCUAUCAACGGAACCAGGAUCAUGGAAAUUGAAACUGUUGCACCUAAUGUUUUUUUUUCUUUUUCCUUGCCUUGGCAAGAAUAGGCGGCUUAAUAACAACAGUUUGACAGGUUCGAUUCCCAUGUCGUUGACUAACCUUUCAUCAUUACAAGUUCUGUAAGUGCUCUUGUUUGAAAUAUAUGUGAUGCAAACAGUGGUCUACCCCAGGAGAUAGACUAGUUUGACGUGAAACUGCCAUGUGCUCUCAUUGUAUCCUGCAAUACAGGGAUCUCUCAAAUAACCGUCUUUCUGGGUUGGUUCCAGAUAGAGGUUCCUUUUCAAAGUUCACUCCCAUAAGCUUUGAUAACAACUUGGAUCUCUGUGGACCAGUUACUGGGAAUCCUUGCCCGGGUUCUCCUCCGUUUUCCCCACCUCCACCUCCACUUGUUCCUCCAGCAUCAGAUUCGGUACCAGUAACGCUUAAGUGUUUAUCGAGAUUCACUGCUCUGCUUAUGGAAGCAUUAGGAAGGAAUGGUGCUACUGGGCCGAUAGCUGCUGGAGUUGCCGCUGGUGCAGCUUUGUUGUUUGCUGCUCCUGCAAUAGCACUUGCUUGGUGGUGUCACAGGAAACCACAGGAUCUAUUCUUUGAUGUACCAGGAGAUGAUCCUGAAGUUCAGCUGGAACUGCUGAAGAGGUUUUCACUACGAGAUUUACAAGUUGCCACAGACACCUUUAGCAACAAACACAUUCUGGGUAGAGGAGGAUUUGGUAAAGUCUAUAAAGGUCGUCUUGCAGAUGGCUCAUUGGUGGCAGUUAAAAGACUGAAGGAGGAUCACACACCAGGAGAAGAGUUGCAGUUUCAAAGAGAGGUAGAGAUGAUAAGCUUGGCUGUCCAUCGCAAUCUCCUACGAUUAAUUGGCUUUUGCAUGACACCAACUGAAAGAUUGCUUGUGUAUCCCUACAUGGCAAAUGGAAGUGUUGCUUCGUGCUUGAGAGAACGAUCACCAUCACAACCUUCUCUUGACUGGCCAACUCGGAAGCGAAUUGCACUGGGAUCAGCUAGGGGCUUAUCUUAUUUGCAUGAUCAUUGCAAUCCAAAGAUCAUUCAUCGUGAUGUAAAAGCCGCCAAUAUAUUGUUAGACGAGGAAUUUGAGGCUGUUGUUGGAGACUUUGGGUUAGCUAAAUUGAUGGACCGUGGGAAAACUCACGUCACUACAGCUGUCCGUGGUACGAUAGGCCAUAUAGCUCCAGAAUAUCUUUCUGCUGGGAUGUCAUCUGAAAAGAGUGAUGUCUUUGCUUACGGGAUCAUGCUUCUGGAGCUAAUCACUGGGCAGAAGCCAUUGAAUCUCGUUCGGCUUGCAUGUGACAACGACGCCAUGUUACUUGAUUGGGUAAAAGGACGUCUGAAUGAUAAACAACUGGAGUUGCUGGUGGAUCCCGAUCUUCAAAACAUUUACGUCGAGGCUGAAGUCGAGCAGCUAAUCCAGGUCGCUCUUCUCUGUAUGCAAGGUUCCCCAGUUGGCCGACCAAUGAUGUCAGAAGUGGUAAGAAUGUUACAGGGCGAUGAUGGUCUGGCUGAAAGAUGGGAUGAGUGGCAAAAGGUGGUGGAAGUUGUACCACUUGAGGCAGCGGUGCACCUUAAUAAUGCUGCAGAUUUGGUAGUCACUGAAACCCUACAGGAAGACGAGCUAUCUGCCCCAAGGUGACAUGAUUUCAGCACCAUGCUUGCAGCAAAUCCAUUCUAUGUUUGCAUAUGAAGCAGUUUGUUGAUUAGGUACAUAAUUUAGUGUGUAACCCCCUGCUGCCUGCGCCACUAUACAUGUCAUGAUAAAUCGGCGAUUGCUAAACAUCACCUUAACUUAAUAUAAAAUGUUACUUUUGUUCUUAGAUAAAUACAAAUACAAGGACGAGGACUUCGAGUCUCGAGGAGGGAAGUUUCUUAGAGUAUGUUUGUUCUUUUUAUCGUUUGACGAAUGACACUCUAAUAAUUUAUGAUUAUAGUGUAGUAAAUUUACGGGAG